ACAAACUCACUAGGAGUUGCUAAAAUGCACCGUAUAUCUCUCUCUACGCACCCCCCUCUAUAAACCCACACAUGCACCAGCAUGAACUAAAAACCAGCAACAACCAUGUCCUCCACCCUCACUCUCCUCUUAAUAACAAUAAUCUCCGCCAUCACCACCGCCUCCGCCACCACAAUCGGGGUCACAUACAUCCCCUCCUCCACUCAACCACCACCGGAGCAAGUCGCCGCCACUCUCAAAUCUCUCAAAAUCACCGCCGUCCGCCUCCCACUCCCCUCACCUUCCCUCAUCCAAGCCUUCUUCUACACCAACAUCUCCUUAUUCCUCUCCAUCCCUAACAACCUCCUCCACAACAUCUCCACCAACCGCUCCGCCGCCUCACGGUGGCUCUACACCUACGUCGUCCCAUUCUAUCCCCGCGCUCUAAUCACCGCCAUCUCCGUCGGCAACAACGUAAAUGCUUCCUCCGGUGAUGACGUCAUCGGUGCUGUACGGAACGUGCAUCAAUCGCUUACGGAUCUCGGUAUCCGGAAAAUAACCGUCUCAACGACUUUUUCAUUCGUUGACAUCAUGAUGACGUCAUUCCCGCCUUCUUCAGCUGAGUUUGAAGAGCCGGUGAAUACUCAGUUGCUUACACCGUUGCUUCAGUUUCUAACGGAAACGAACUCGUCGUUUUUCGUGAAUUUGUUUCCGUAUUUUGUUUAUAAAUUGCGUGCUGAGAUUCCGAUCGGUUUUGCUCUGUUUGAAAACCAGCCGUACAGUUUUAGAGAUGAUGUGAUUACUGGUGUUAGGUAUAGGAAUUUGUUUGAUAUGAUGGUGGAUGCGGUUAUCGCGGCGUUGACGGUGUCUGGACAUGCGGAUAUGCCGGUUGUGGUGACGGAGACAGGGUGGCCGAGUGGUGGAUUGGUGAAUGAAGGUGAAGGUGAAGGUGACGCUCAUCCGGUUUAUGCGGGAAUGUAUCUGAAUGGUUUGGUUUCUCAUCUGAGAUCUGGUGGUGGUACGCCUUUGAGGAAGGAAGGUGUGGCUCAGGCUUAUGUUUAUGAGGUGUUUGAUACAAACACAAGUUUUGUGAAUCAGGCGGCUGGGAGACUGGGGACUGGGCUGCAUUGGGGGUUUAUGCACCCGAAUAUGUCGAAGAAGUUUAACAUUGAUUUCUCUGGCGGUAUUUGUGUCAUCGACAGCAUGCUGGUUCGGAUGAUUUUCUCACUGGUGAUUGGUAUGCUGAUGUUCUAGUAGUUUGUUAAUAUGAUAUAAGUUUUUAACGUUACGAUUGGAAUAGUGUAGAGAUGGUUAGGGAUACAGAAAUGAUAAUCUCGGGUGGUAAUUAGUGAUUACCGAUCUGUUUAGGUGGAACUGCUAAACGUAUUUGCUAUAAUAGUUAAAAGUUUUUGGUUUCCGUAGUUAA